GCCAGUUGGAAAAAUCACGCGAUUCUUAACGGCCCACAGCGCCUUUUUCGGGAAGUGAGCGAGACGCGCUGACGUAAUCACUUCCUCUUUUUUCUCUUCCCGCGCGCCCUCUCAUCUUCUUUCUCCUUCCAAAAUCUUUGAUCAUAUAAUGAAAUAAAAUAAAGCUCCCCUCCUUUCUCUCUCAAUUAAUCUCCCCAGAAGAUUAUAUUAAUUUGGGAAGAUGUACAAUUCUUCUAGCAGUCCAGGGAGGCCAAAAACCAGGAAUCAAUGGAAUGAGUUCUACAUGGAUUACAAUGCUGAGAAGAAGAGAAGGAAAAGUUUAAUGUCCGAGUCUGGUUCGUCUCGAAAGCGAAUGGACACAGCUUCUAUGAACAAGAAGAAGAAGAAGAAUAGCCAUGGCCCUAGCCCGAUCCACUUCGAAUCGGAUGAAGAAAUCAAAACCACUUCCAAGAAGGCCAAGAAACCGAUUCCUAGCGAUAAUGGGAAUUGUGUCCUCUUUAUGGAUGACCAUAAUGAUAAUGACAUCAUUUUGAUUGAUUUAGAUGAUGAUGAUGAUGGUGGUGGUGUUCAAGUUCAAGAGUUGUCAUACAAAAGCAAGAAGAAGGAUAUGAAGGAAAACAGGAAGGGCAAAAAUGAUGAUUUGGAGUUUUGGGAAGUUCCUAAAUCUGUUUUGGCUUCCAAAGAAAGGGCUGAAAACAGUGUCAAGGGCAUGAAAUCAAAUCAAAAUGGGAAAUUUGAAAAAACAAAUUCCACAAAAAUGGCUUUUGAACAUGUUCAGAAGAAGGGGAAAGAAACCCAGAAGAAAAAGGCUGCUGCUUUGGGCAGAAGACAAUCCAAAAGAGGGAGUGGAAAUGAAAGUGAUGAUGAAGUUGUGUUUCUUGGGGAGUCGUUUACAAGUUCUGGGUUUGGGUUAAAGUCCGGGUCGGGUUCCGGGUCGAAGGUCGGGUCAGUGGAUGGUGUGAGCCCUGACAUGGCCACACAUGAUGAGGUUGCUUCCUCAACCACAAAGACUGUCAAGGAUUCUGUUGGCAUUGUGAGUUCGGAUGAGUCGUCGGGUUCGGAUGAUGCUCCUUUGGAAUCCAGAGAUUCUGAUGAAUCUGAUUCAGAUUCAUCUGAUGAGGAGGAUUGUGAUGAUUCAGGAGAUUCAGAUUACAUAGAGGGCAAAUCUUCAUCAUCAUCAUCAUCAUCAUCAUCUUCUUCUUCUUCUUCUUCUAGCUCAGAAGAAGAUGAAGAAAAAGAAGAAGUUUCAAAUAGCAGUGAAGAAUCUGAUGAGGAAGUUGAGAAACACAAAGAGAUUGAUGAGAAACAUAAAUCUAAAGCUGCUGAAACCCUCAAAUCUUCUUCCAAGAAAGCCCAAAAGAUGGAAAAAAGGACUGAUGAGAACCAUAAAUCUAAAGCUGCUCAGAAAGAUGCUGAAAUCUUGAAAGACAGAAAGAAAGAGAAAAGGGCUGAAGAGAGACAUAAAUCUGAAGUUGCUGAAAUCUUGGAAAACAAAGAAGCUUCCAAGAAAGAUAAAAAGAUUCAUGAGAAGAAGCAUAAAUCUCAAGCUGCUGAGAAAGAUGAUGAAAAUCCAAAAACCAAAACAGAAAAUCCCAAGAAAGACAGCAAAAAACAGAAAAGUUUUAGUCUUGAGCAAACAGAUUCCAGAAAACCUGGAGGGAUAGCGUCUCGUCUCCGGUCUCGCUCAAGCUCAAAGAUGGAAGAAAACCGCAACCCAAGUUCUGAUUCGCCGUCCAUUGACAGCCAAGAGAAAGAGACCCAAGAAGAGAACACCAAGAAUAAGAAGCCAAGGGGAAAGCUGAAUGUGAAGAGCAUCCUUCUGAACACAAUGCUGGAGAAUGAAGGGAAGUUCAGCGAGACCGUGACCCUUGCGGAGGACAACGUCCCAAAGCAGCUUCCUUUAAAGUUCAAGUUCUACGAAGAGGAUCGUAGCCCGGUGAAGGACGAAUGGGAGGUUGAGAUUGACAAUCUCUUUGUGGAUCUCCAAAUGGGCCGCCUGCAAUCCGAGACCAGCACCUCCUUUGCUCCAGCCAUGGUGGGGGAAAGCAAAAAUGGGGAUGAUGUGCAACCAUGCUGGCAUCCAGAAGGGCAUCUUCAAAUCUUGGAUGAACAAAUUGGGAUUGUGUGCAAGCAUUGUGAUCUUGUGUUCUUGGAAAGCAAGUAUAUAUUGCCUGAUUUUGCCAAGAGACCCAGCCGGAGGAACGACCGGAGAUUCCUCGGAGAUUCCGAUAAUCCCGCGGCGGCGGCGGAUAUUGAGCUGGACAGCGGUCCAAGAAACGACCAGACCUCCAUCCACGGCGCAGGCACGGUGUGGGAUCUGGUCCCCGGCCACAUCAAAGCCAGAAUGUAUCUCCACCAGCGGCAAGGCUUCGAGUUCAUAUGGAACAACAUCGCCGGCGACCUCCUCCUCGAGAACCUGAAGGACCUCCCGGCGAACGGCGGCGGCAAGGGCUGCAUCAUCUCCCACGCCCCGGGGACCGGCAAAACGGGGCUCACCAUCGUCUUCCUCCGCUCCUUCCUGAAGCUCUUCCCCCGGUGCCACCCCGUCGUCAUCGCCCCGAGGAGCAUGCUCCUCACGUGGGAGAGCGAGUUCAAGAAGUGGGACGCCGGCGAUGUCCCCUUCCACAACCUGAACAGCAACAUGCUCUCUGGGAAGGAGGACAUCGCCGGCAUCCCUGUCCUUAGGGGAGGAGGAGGAGGACAACAUCAUCCCAAGGGGAAGGACGUGAACCGUCUUUUGAAGAUUUACUCGUGGGCAAAAGGGUCCGGGAUUCUCGGGACCACCUACGGCCUCUUCGAGAAGAUGGCCGGGGGCGGGGGCGGGGGCGGGGGCCCGUGCAAGGAGGAGGACGAAAAGCUCCGGAAGAUUCUCCUCAAGUUCCCGGGGCUCUUGGUCCUCGACGAGGGGCACACUCCGAGGAACGAGGAGACCAACAUCUACAACACGCUCUCGAAGGUCGAAACGCCCCGCCGGAUCAUCCUCUCCGGGACCCCGUUCCAGAACAACUUCCACGAGCUCCAUAACACGCUCUCCCUCGUCCGCCCCGGGUUCAGGGCGGCGGGCCCCGCCGGGGCCGGGAGGAAGGCGAAAGCAGGCAAACUUCCUCCCGCGACGAGCGACUGGGCCUCGAUCACGUGCUCGGUUCUCAACGAGGAGAACGAGCGGAACGUGGAGCAGCUGAAGCGCAUCAUCGCCCCGCUCGUCCACGUCCACAAGGGGACAAUACUCGAGGAGAAGCUCCCGGGGCUCGUCGUCACCGAGCUCUACCUGAAGCUCACGGAGACCCAGCAGAGUCUCCAGGACGCCGUCUCGACGACGGGGUCCUUCAUGGAGAGAGACAACUGGAUGACGCUCAUAUCCGUCCACCCGUCUCUCUCCCCCGACCACCACCGCCGCGGCGGCGGCGCGGUGGAGGGGCCGCUCGAGCUCGACCCGAGGCAAGGCGUGAAGACGAGAUUCGUCCACGAGCUCCUCGCCCUGUGCGGGGCGAGGGGGGAGCGGGUCAUCGUCUUCAGCCGGCUGCUCGAGCCGCUGGCGCUCAUCAAGAAACAGCUCCUCGCCUCGCAGUUCUUCCGGUGGACGGAGAACAGGGAGGUGCUGUACAUGGACGGGAAGAUCCCGGCGAGGCACCGGCAGGAGAGGAUCGGAGCCUUCAACGACCCGGAGAGCAACGCCAGGGUCCUCCUGGCGUCCACGGCGGCGUGCUGCGAGGGGAUCAGUCUGGUCGGCGGCUCGAGGAUCGUGCUCCUCGACGUGGUUUGGAACCCGUCGGUGACGAGGCAGGCGAUCAGCCGAGCCUACAGGCUCGGACAGACGAGGCUGGUGUACGUGUACAACCUGAUCUCGUCCUCCUUCGAGGCGAAGAAGUACGCUUGUCAGGCGAAAAAGGACAGGAUGUCGGAGUUGGUGUUUGCCGACGAGUGCGGCGGCGGAGGGAGGAGGUCCGGCGGGGACGGCGGCCGGGAUGUGAUAUUGGACGCCAUGGCGGAGGAUCCCAAUAUGUGCAGCAUGUUUGAGAGGAUUGUGCACCAGCCAAGGAACCAACAAAUGCUGUGAUUAAUUUUUUUUCAUGUUUAGUGAUUAAUCUAAUAUAAUUAACAAAUGGUAGUAACACGGUUUUGUUUUAAUCUGUUGAUGGCUCAUUUUGUUUGUCUGGGUAGUCCAGACAAGCAUUGCAUAGUUAUAUUUUUUGUAACAAUUAGUAUUUGCAUAAUUAUGUUUUGUAAGAAUAAUGUUUUGUUAUGUAG